UGUAAUGGCGCCUCAUAUCGUUCCGCGGAAUUGCGUUUAUCUCUCAAGGUUGUUGUUGACCAGAGCGCAUGAUCAGGUCCUGCGCGUCGCUAUGACAACGACCCGGCAUAACAAAUCCCGCGCUUGUUUUGGUCGUCCAUUUUGAACAAUAACUAUUUUGACACUGCGAGAAAUGAAAUUUUGGGAUAGCUUUUUGACGUGGUUAAAGAUAAAAAAGAAACAAGCUAAUGUUUUGAUUGUUGGAUUGGAUAAUUCUGGAAAAUCAACAGUUGUUCAGCAUUUGCAAUCGAGAGGCAAACGAUCUGAAGUGACAGUGCCGACCAUUGGUUUCAACGUUGAAAAGUUUCAAAAUGCUGGAUUAACUUUAACUGCCUUCGAUAUGAGUGGUCAAUCGAAAUACCGGCCGUUAUGGGAACGUUACUACAACGACUGUCACGGCGUCAUUUUCGUGAUCGACAGCAGUGACACCAUGCGGAUGGCUGUAGCUUGUAACGAACUUCAACUCAUGAUCCAGCAUCCAGAGAUGGUGAAAAACCGUUCAACCACACUUGGUGUACCUAUUUUAAUUCUAGCCAACAAAAGCGACCUGGACAGUGCCAUCCCGAUCGGUCAGAUUCGGGCUGAGCUACGAUUGGACGAUAUCGAGACACACCCCAUCCACCUAGAGGCUUCCAAUGCUUUGACCGGUGUCGGACUGCACGCAGGACUCCAAUGGUUAUCUGAACAAAUUAUCAAAUCAAAUUUUUAAGUUCAAAAAAUUGUUUUUGUUUUCCAGUUCCAGAGUGUGUGUUGUAUUUUAAGUUUCCUUUCUUAAUUUUUAAUGGAAUGAAGAGAAAAAAUACACACUCAAAAAAAAAAAACGAUAAAUAAAAUAUGAAAUUGAUAGCAGAGCAAAAGGUGCACACUCACACAUCGAAAAUAAAGAUUUUUUUUCUUUUCUUGUGAUUUUUGGAGAAGAGCAAGCCCAAAUAAAAAAAAAGGGGGAGGGGGAAGCUUGUUUGUUUCCUUCCCUACACGAGGGAAAAAAAGACUGGAGAUAUCACGAAACACAGCCAAUGACGUGUAAUAAUAGUAAGCUUUUUUUUAUCCUUUUUGCAAGUGUGUGUGUGUAUACCAUAUAUGCCAGAAUUAAAGGAUGAGAAAAUGUUGGGUGGAGUAAGAAAGAAAAAAAAUAUAGUCGGAUAAAUGGGCAUAGUCACACAGUAUUUCGGGAAAAACAAAUCAUUUUCAGAGAUAGCAAAAACCAAAAUCGAAAGUCCAUCCACUGCACUUG